AUGGGGGACCACUGGCCGAGUUCGCUCCACAACCCCCGAGGCUCGAAGGCCGAGGGUAGGUCGGAAGGGGGGCAGGACGAUGAUGCCCUGGGCCCCCGCAGCACCGCGUACGAGAGCCGAGGGUCCAAGGACCUGGAUGGCAGGGGACAGGGAUCCCCAGACCAAGAAGAGGAGGUUCCCCCGGAGGAGGUGACCGGGGAGGCGUUCCUGGACCCCCAGGACCCGGAAGACGCCCUCCAGGAGCUGGAGCGAGUCCUGCAGAAGGAUGAGCAUGGCGUGCAGGAGAUGAGCCGGCUGUCCAUCACCCAGAGGUCCCCGGGCACGGCCACGGCCCGGGGGAGGAGGAAGAGGAGGCGGCUCUUCGAGCUGGCGAAACCCAAGCCCAACUGGCAGGUCCUGAGAGACAGGCUGGGAUGCCGCUGUAAGGGCUUUGCCUGGAUCUCCCCCUGCAUGAAGAGCCUGCAGUUCUGUGUCUACUGGCCCUCCACGUACUGGACGGACAGGUUUCUGGAGGACACCACCCUCACCGUCACCGUGCCCGCGGUGUCCCGCCGAGUGGAGGAGCUGGCUCGACCCAAGAGGUUCUACCUGGAUUAUGACAGCGGGAGCAGGACCACGUCCGUCUGGCCCAUCCCCAAGGCCACCUUGGUAUGCCAGCCGUCCAGUCGCCUGCGGGAACUGGCCACCCCGAGGGUCCGGAACAACAUAUGGAGCAUAAACAUGUCCGAGGUGUCCCAGGUGUCCAGGGCAGCCCAGAAGGCUGUCCCCAGUCCCAGGAUCCUCCAGCUGGCAAAGCCCAGGGCUGCAGCCCCCCUGUUGGCAGAGUGGGAUCCCGUGCUGAAGCCCAAGCCCUACGUGUCUGACUACAACCGCCUCGUCCACUUGGCCAUGCCCAAGGCCCAGUCGGACAAGUGUGUUCCUGACCGAGAUCCGCGCUGGGAGGUGCUGGACGUCACCAAGAGGGCAGUGGCCAGUCCCCGCAUCGUCUCCCUGGCCCAGCCCAAGGUGCGCAGGGACCUCAACGAGGGCUACGACCGGCGUCCCCUCGCCUCCGCGAGCUCGCCACCCCCAAGAGUAUCACCAGAAAAGUGUGAGCGACCCAGGCCCGGCCUCCGAGACCCCGUUCCCAGUAAACACCCAAGUGCAUCCUAACCCUGUGUGUGUGGCUGGCUCCGAGCGCCUGGGCCUGGAGGCGGGGGGUGG